AUGCCCUCUUCAUUGCGCAGUAAGCCUUGGGGACACGAUGGGGUCGCCGGUGGCCCCAACAGCUUAACAAUCUUGUUCGAUUGGCUCAGAACCGGUGACAAUUACGAGCGCUGGCGGAGCGGUGACGACAAGGUCGGGCUUUAUAGGGAGUUACUUGGGGAUUUCGCAAGGCAUGGGAUAGACCAUCGCACUCGUUCAGAUGCCAAUCUCAUGAUCAGCCACCUACAAAUGACAUACAAUGAUGCGGCCAAGUACGCGAAGGCUGCUGGGGAAGAUAUAAGCCGGAUGCGAGCCGAUGAUCACUCUAUGUCAGGUUGGUUACCCUCCAAUCAUGCCACCUCAGGAGAAGAUGUCGACACUGGCGGAUUCUCGCCGAGUUCAUGGAAGUCGGCCCAUGUCCACCCAGCGCCCGCCAGAUCACAGGAUAGAAGGUAG